CUGUUUGCAUUUAUUCAGGGAAACAUCACAUUUACUGAAUUUUGUAUGGUCAGAAAUCUGUUUAAAUCAAAGGACAGUUGACAACAAAUUUGAGAGGGGCUUGGAAAACACAUACCAGGAAUGGAUUCUAUCAACUAUGCAACGGCAUCUGACUCAGCUGUGGAAAUUGAGAAUCAAAGUGAUAACUCUUCCUCUGGUAGCAGCUUAUUUAAAACUCAGUGUGUUCCUAUCCCACCUAAAAGAAGGCAAAGAAACCCUAUUAGAAAAUCUGUUCACACACCUGAAAGUACUCAAGCAAGAGAUUCAUCUAGUGACUCAUCUAUAGAGCCAAGACCAUUGACUUUAAAAGCUAUUUUUGAAAGAUUCAAAAAAAAGAAACGUAAAAAGAGGAAAUACAAGCCAACGGGAAGAUCAAGGGGAAGACCAAAAGGAAGGAGAAACACUAGAAGCUCACAAAUAAAUAAGAAACAAUUUAAAGACAAAGGAUCUGGCUUCCCAUUUUUAGAAUCAGAAAAUGGAAGAAAACCAUUACCUUGGAGAAAAAUUUUAACCUUUGAGCAAGCAGUGGCAAGAGGAUUUUUUAACUACCUUGAAAAACUGAAGUAUGAAUACCAUCUUAAGGAAUCCUUGAAACAAAUGAACGUUGGUGAAGAUUUAGAAAAGGAAGACUUUGAUAGUCGUAGAUACAGAUACUUGGAUGAUGAUGGAUCUAUCUCUCCUAUUGAAGAGUCAGCAGCAGAGGAGGAGAUUGCAACAAAUCUUGAACACGAUGAAUGUGAUAUUAAAUUGGUGGAGGAUAAUUAUUUCAUAAUAAGUUCUGAAAUACCAAAGAAGAAGAAUGUAUAUUUGGAACAAGAGGAAUAUACUGAAGAAGCUGCAUUGCCUAAAAAGAGAGCAUCAAAAUCCAAAAAACACGACAGAGGACAGAAUGGCCUGAAAAUAGAUAGGAUUAUGACUACCAGACAAGGAGUGAAUAUGAUUUGAACCUAAUACAUUUUUAGAGGGUCCUAAAGUAAAUCACUUGAGGAAAUUGGAUCCCAAAGAUUACAGGUAUGAUUUUAAUUUCAUUUUUUCCCCUUGUAUUUAAUGAAAAAGACUAUGACGUUAAAAAGGCCAUUAGUAGUUUUACUAUUUACCAGUAAUGUAUGAUGUCAUGAUGAUGGCAAAAUGUUCAACUGCUCUGAAUGGGCUGAAUGAAAAUAGCCUUUCUGAACAUCCAUCUUACAUAAAGCUGUAUUUUAAAUGAAAGCUCUAAGAUAAAAGUUGCCUGAAACAUGCAUGUUUGGAAACAAUCAGCUAAAUUUAGGUGUGAAUGAAAAUGGAACCUAAUCAGUCCCAGUUGCCAUUACAAUCUUUUUCUGUAGGUGGGGAAUUUUGAAGUGUGUCCAUAUUUCAUUGGAGAUCAAAGAAGCCUAACUAAAAGAAUUGUGGUAAGUAAUUAUUUUUAUUUUACCACACCAAAUUGUCAGGCUUUAAUGGUCAUUACCAAGGCUUUUAGAAUGCAGUUUCUCAUUUGCUGUGGACAUGACCAUAAAAAAAGUUUCCCACUAGGUUUUAUUUCUGCUACUUUGUAGCAUUCAGCCUGUUGGGAACAUUUUAUUAUUAUUUACUUGUAUUUCCAUUGCCUAGGUCAGCACUGUUCCAGUAUAAAUAGAACACAAGCCAUUUUUUUCUAAUUGGAUUUUACAGUACUGAUACAUGGGUAGUGACUAUUAUAUUGAAGUUGUGCCUAGAUUGCUGGAGUUCUUUGUUUAAUCCUGGGCUUUUAGUUUAUUACAUUACAGGUUGCCUGGUUACUAAAGGAGGGGAGGCUGGCUUACAUGAGCACCUCUGAAAAUGGACCCUUAUCUUUAUAUUUGUUAUACAGGGCUGACUCAUAUGAUAACUUCUUUUUGAAAGGUAUGUACACAUUAAAGAAAAUUUUAUAGGUCAUUUCAAAGAGGGCUGAUGGGACCACAUCCAGGAGCUCUUUACGCUGUGACCAAAGACUGAGUUCUCCACUGGAUAUAAUAGUAACUUGAUAGUGCUAUGUUUUCCAGAUGGAGAUACAAGCCACUCGUACCCAUGAUUAGUGAUGUGGGAAAGUAAUUUAAAUAUCUUCCAACUUUAACCAGUGUCUACUCUCUUCUUUAGGGCUGCUUUAUCUUGAAGAUUUAUGAGUUUGGAGGAACUAAGGUGAUUGGCAGUGGAAAGAAUCAGAACGUGUGGAAUUCCUUAAAAAUUUAUUGACUUAAAUAACUUUGUCUGUUACACAUAAUAAAAAAAACCCCUUUACACUUUGUGUGGAAAGUCA